AUGAAAAUGGAGGUAGGAAUUGUUUCCAAGGAGCAAGUCAAACCAUCUUCCCCAACACCCUCUCACCUCAGAACAUUCAAGUUUUCCCUAUUAGAUCAGCUUAUUCUUGCUCCUUAUGGUCCAGUCAUCCUCUUCUAUCCCAUGAAUAACCGCUCAAACCUUAGCAACAUUCCCAAGAGGUUAGAAUUGCUAAAGAAAUCUUUGUCAGAGAUCUUAACUCUAUACUAUCCACUAGCUGGAAAGAUCAAAGAUGAUCUCUGCAUCGAUUGCAACGAUGAAGGGGCUUAUUUUGUGGAAACCCAAGUUAAUGUUUGUCUGUCUGAAUUUCUUAGCCAACCUGACCUUUUGUUACUACAUAAGUUCCUUCCUUGUGAACUCAUUUUGAAAGAAUCAUAUGUUGGAACUUCCGUGACUAAUAUUCAAGCAAGUGUCUUCAAGUGUGGUGGCAUAGCCAUUGGACUGUGCAUUGUACACAAGAUCCUUGAUGGAAUAGCAUUCAGCACCUUUCUCAAGGCAUGGGCUAAAAUGGCUAGAGGAUCUUAUGAAGCAGUAUCUGUAUGCCCGAAUUCUGAUGCAACGAAUCUCUUCCCCACAAAUGAUUUAUGGCUUAGAGAUUUAUCAAUGGCUGUGUUCGGUUCAUCUUCGAAAAAGGGAAAGAGUGUGACAAGAAGAUUUGUGUUUCAUGCCUCGGCAAUAGCCACGCUUAAGGCGCAAGCAACCAGUUCAUGUGUGCAACACCCUAGGCAUGUAGAGGUGGUUUCUGCUUUCAUAUGGAAGCAUGCCAUGGCUGCCUCUAGAGAAAACAAUGGUUUCCAAAAGCCUUCCAUAUUGACCCAUGUAGUGAAUCUGCGAAGAAAAUUAGAACCGCCUUUGCCGGAUUAUUCUACUGGAAAUCUCCUUUGGAUAGCAGGUGCUCGGUGCAAGGGCAAUGAUGAGUCAGGAUUGCCAGGCUUGGUUUGUAAGAUAAGGGGUGGAAUAUCAAAAAUUAAUGGUGAUUUUGUUAAAAAACUGAGAGGUGAAAAAAGGAAGUCUGUGAUGUAUGAGUCUCUUAAAGAAAUAGGAGGGCUAGGGUCCAAUGAGGAAGUAGACUGCUUUGGGUUUAACAGUUGGUGUAAUUUUGGAUUCUAUGAAGUUGAUUUUGGGUGGGGAAAGCCUAUAUGGGUCAGCAGCAUUGGUACAAGUGAUUCAGUAUUCUCGAAUCUAAUAAUUUUGAAUGACACACGAUUGGGUGUCGGGAUAGAAGCUUGGGUAACCAUAGAUGAGCAAGACAUGGCUAGAUUAGAAUGCAAUCCAGAGCUCCUCACAUUUGCUUCUUUGGAUCCCAGUCCUCUGAUGGUUGGUCACUCUAUUGCUAAUCUAUGA